AUGGUCAACCUCUUGUAUGCAGUGCUGCACUCCCUCCUGAGCUGUCUCAUCCCCCCAGCCAACCUGCUGGUUAUUGUGGCUGUGUACAGGCUGAUGAGGAAGCAACUGGGCACAGGCUACAUCUACAUCCUCAACCUGGCCACUGCUGACCUCCUGGUGGGAGUCAUGUGCAUUGCCGAGGCACUGGAUGACAUCCUUGAUGGGGACUUCGACAGCAGCAAGUCCUUCUGUCUACUGCGCAUUGCCAUGAUCAUGACACCCUGCAUUGGCUCCAUCCUGACCUUGCUCUUGAUCUCCCUGGACAGGUACCUGGCAGUAAGGCUGCCGCUCUCCUAUCCCACCCUCCUAAAGAAGACACCUGUGAUCCUUUCCCUCAUUGUCCUCUGGGUGGUCUCUUUCCUUUUUGGACACUUGCCUUUGAUUUUGCCCUCCCUCCAGCAAAGCAACUACACAGGUUACUGCGGGCUGCUGUAUGCAGCCAGGAGCGAGUACCUGUACGCGCUCUGUUUUGGUGUCUUUGCUCCGGCGCUGCUGGCGCUGGUGUGCCUGCACGUCUCUGUGGGCAGCAUUGCCUACAUGCAGCACACACGGCUCCGGCGUGCCCGCGCCCAGGCUGGACCCCUCCACAUGCACCUCCGACACUUCAAGGCGCUGCGGACUGUGCUUAUCGUCCUCAUCUGCUUCAGCCUUUCCUGGGGCCCCUACCUGGUGGGGGGUGCUGUGCAGGCCACCUGCAGCUCCUGUAACCUGGCUGGCCCACUCAAGGACAGCUUAUUCCUCCUGGGCGAGACAAACUCCCUGAUUAAUCCCCUUAUCUAUGCCCUGUACAGCAAAGACAUUAGGAACCACCUCGCCAAGCUGCUCAAGUGCAGGAAGGCAGGCUUGGUGAAGCCUUUGGCAUCGAUGCAGGUGAAUGUCCGCACUGUUGGGAGCUGUGCUGGGGACAGGCCUGAGGCACCCUAUUUGUGA